GGGCGGGGUUAGAGGCGCUUCCUGGUUGCCUAUACACCAGCACUCCGGAACACAAGAGAUUUCUACUACGUUUUAGAUCGCGAGGCAGCUUUAUCGUCUGUAUAGUUUGGACAUAAGUUAGUUUCCAGUGUACACAGACCGACUGAAGGUGAAAUCAUGAAGGAAGUUGUCUGCGCAGUUCUCGUCACUCUGCUCUGCCUCGCAGCCUCUUCAAUGGCCAAAGAAUCUCCACCUAAGGUUCAGGUGUACAGCCGUGAGCCAGGACAGGUGGGGAAACCCAACACCUUAAUUUGCCAUGUCAGUGGCUUCCACCCGCCACAAAUCACCAUUAAGCUGCUCGUUAAUGGCGAGGAGAUAAAAGAUGCCCGGCAGAGUGACCUGGCCUUUGGGGAGGACUGGCAUUACCACCUGACCAAACACGUGCCCUUCACCCCAAACAAGGAGCAGACUUUUUCCUGCAAAGUGUCUCACAUGGGAAAUACCAACAAUUACAUAUGGGAACCAGAUAUGUAAGUUCUAUGCACCGCCUUGCCUCAGGCCAGCUUCGUCUCAAGAAUAUAAGAAGAUUGGAAUGAUUUGCCUAUGAUUCUGGGUUUCCUUGUGGAGGUUUGAGCAUCAGCAAAUGAGAGAAAAGACUGCACUUAGAUUGUGUGUUUUUGUAUCGCAAAUAGUAAAGCUUCAGUAAGUGAUUGUUGACCAUAAAAGGGCAGAAAGACUCGCAGCAACAAGCCCUGGAUUACAUGGGUUCAUUAGGAAGGUUUCAUUGGUAAGCCAGCUGAGACAAUACCUUUUUGCUCCCGCUGUUGCCUUUUUAUUGUGUGACCCAUGGCACGUGUGUUUUACUGGAUUUGUCCCUGAACCUGCUUGCAUACAGGUAUCGGUUAAGUAAAAUUAGGAAAUGCUUACAAAAAAAUUAAAAUACAAAUGUUGGCUUGCUCCUUCUAAUUCUGAACAAUGAUGUCCAUGUGCAAAACCUUAAAUUAGUUUGUAGUUAGCAGAAAACACAAAAACAAAGUAGCACAAAACUUUAUGGGAAGUCAUCAUUAACUUUAAGAUAAACAUUUACACUGGUGAUUGGAAAUGUAAACUGCAUUCUUUUGUGUGUAUGCUCAAUCUAUAAAGGCUAAAAUAUUUUGUUCUAAUGUGAAUACAUUGUUUUUUAUUAUCUUGUGCACAAAUUAUUUUAAAAUAUUAAGAGAGGAUUAAGUUUAUGGUUUCCCAGUUGACAAUUAGAAUGCAGAAUAACCUGAGCAUUUGCUGUUCCUGAACUGUAUAAACUAGUUGAUCUCUGUUGGAUAAUAAAAGUGUUAAUGACUGUGA